AUGCACCAGCCUAUGGGUUUUCGAAACCGAGAUUUUCCUAAUCAUGUUUGCUUACUCCGAAAAUCACUCUAUGGGGUUAAGCAAGCACCGCGUGCUUGGUACCAGCGGUUUACCGACUAUGCCUUAUCGUUGGGUUUUCACCACAGCAGAUGUGAUGCUUCUCUUUUCACUCUCCACAGUGGCCAUGACACCGCUUUUCUACUCCUCUAUGUUGAUGACAUUCUCCUUGUGACCUCUUCUGACCAUCUUCGCAAACAACUCAUGGCCAAGCUUGCUUCUGAAUUUGCCAUGAAAGAUCUCGGCCCUCUCAGCUUCUUCUUGGGCAACUCGGUCACUAGGAACAAGAAUAAUAUGUUCUUAUCUCAACAGUCUUAUGCCACUGACAUUAUUAAGCGUGCCAAUAUGCAGAAUUGCAACCCGGUGUUCACCCCAGUCGACACUCAUGCUAAACUAAGCGCCAACUCGAGUGAACCCUUCCACGAUCCUACCCUAUACAGAAGUCUAGCCGAAGCACUUCAAUACUUGACAUUCACACGACCGGAUAUCACCUAUGCUGUGCAACAGAUAUGUAUGCACAUGCACGCUCCGAGGACCGACCACUGGAAUGCCCUUAAACGAAUUAUCAGAUACCUAAAGGGCACAAUUACAUACGGCCUCACACUUGGACACACCUCAGCCUCAUCUUUACUUGCUUAUACAGAUGCAGACUGGGCCGGUUGCCCUGAUAGACGCAGAUCCACCAGUGGCUACUGCAUUUACUUUGGUGAUAAUCUCAUCUUUUGGUCCUCGAGAAGACAAUCAACGGUUUCUAGAUCCAGUGAAGAAGCAGAGUAUCGUGGGGUCGCAAACGUAGUUGCCGAACUUUGUUGGUUACCAAACUUACUUCUUGAGCUUCAUCACCCUCUGACACGUGCCACACUGGUUUAUUGUGACAAUGUAAGCGCCAUCUAUCUCUCAGGAAACCCGGUUCAGCACCAACGGACGAAGCAGAUUGAACUUGAUAUUCACUUCGUCCGUGAACAGGUACAACGCGGUCAAGUCAGGAUUCUCCAUGUCCCCUCUCGAUAUCAGAUUGCGGACAGCUUCACGAAGGGGCUACCUUGUAAUCUCUUUGAAGACUUCAGUUCCAGUCUCAGCAUCCGAUCUCCUCCCGUUUCGACUGCGGGGGUAGAAUAG